GAUAAAAGCAAAGAGUUUCCUUAUUCUUUUUUUCUUCUCAUUCAUUCAUACCAAUUCAUUAUUUUUUUUCUAUCUUUGUUAUACAAUCAAUAAAACACUUAUUUUAUAUAAUGAAUGCAUCGGCUUCACAAUGUGGUAGUAGUUGUGAAUCCGGUUGGACCAUCUACUUGGAUCAAAAGAGCUUUGAUGAGGAAGAGGGCUUAUCAAUGGUGUCUGAAGCUUCAUCUGGUCCAGGACAUUACGGUGAAGAUGAAGAGGAUGGAAGCUUUUGUUCGGCUCCUCCUGCAGCCCCUGAACCAGCUAAGUUUAAGAAAAGAAACAAAAACAAAAGGAUAAUCAAAGAAGAUGCUAGCAAUCAAUACCAUUCUUGUCUUGAAGAUGACACUGCCAGCUCUCCUGUAAUAAGCUUUUCCAAGAAAAAUUGCAGUAAAGAAGCUUCGGCGGAUUUGUUGGACUUUUCGCAAGACUUCUCGGGUACAUAUUUUAAGGGUCAAUCAGCAUUCCAGAAGAAAUUUGUGAUCUUGAAAUAUGGAAAAGCAGGUUCAAAAGAUGCAGCAGGUGGUUUUGAGGAAUGAAACUGGGAAUCAAUGACAAAAGGGUAAACUGCAACAGCUUUUGUCUCUACUGCUCGUGAGAGAAAUGGGAAGGAAUGUGUAAAAAUAAUGAAAAGGGCAUUAAAUCUCAAAGGGAU